AUGGCAGAGAUUGGCGAGCCUUUACGUUGGAUUAUGUUCGACGAGAGUAACCCUUACUAUAUCAAGGAAGACGUAUUCGAUCAUGUUGAGACCACAAAGGCGUUUGUGGUAUAUCUCAAAGCAACUCAUAACUCUACUUUCCUGAGAGCCGAAGGCCAUCACACCACAUAUGUUGAUCCCGAUGGUAAUGUCGUUGAACUACCACCUCACAUUCGCCCCUCGGGCCACGAGUUUUAUGCAAUAAGAGCGAUACACGAAAUGCAUUGCAUUAAUGUCUUGGUAGAGGCAUAUGGAUUCGAGGUACACAAUCAAGCCUCACAAUGGGCACCUGGCCACGUUGCGCACUGUCUGAAUACUCUGAGGGAUGCUAUCAUGUGUUCUGCAAAUGCUAUGCCAGUGUCGUACCUGGCACCAGGUGGACAUUUGACGGACCGACAGCAGAUGCGAUGCCGAGAUUAUUCGGCGUUUGAGGGAUUGGGCAAAUGA